AUGAAUGAAAACGAUGGCAAAGAGUUUGCAGGACUUGGUGUCAAGACAUGGCUCAUCAAGGAGCUAUUUAAUCUUGGCAUUAGAAGUCCUACACCUAUUCAAAAAGGUUGUAUAUCUCGUAUACUGGCUGGCGACGACUGUAUUGGAGCGGCUAAGACAGGUUCAGGCAAAACUUUUGCAUUUGCACUCCCUAUAUUGCAACACUUGGCUGAAGAUCCAUACGGGAUCUUUGCCUUAGUACUUACUCCUACACAUGAGUUGGCUUAUCAGAUCGCUGACCAGUUCAGUAUCCUGGGUCAGCCAUUAAAGCUAAGAAUGUGCAUAGUGACCGGAGGGUCAGACCAGUUAGAGGAAUCUCUCAAACUUGCCAAGCGUCCUCACAUCGUGGUUGCAAUGCCGGGACGACUGGCCGAUCAUAUUACUGGUUGUGACACCUUCAGCUUGAAGAAGAUCAAGUAUCUAGUACUUGAUGAGGCUGACAGAUUAUUCAGCGAAUCGUUUCAAGAUGACCUGGAGACAAUAUUCAAUGCAUUACCAGCGAAACGACAGAACUUGUUGUUCUCAGCCACAAUCACUGAAGAUGUCCGGGAAUCCAAAAUACUUCCACUUAACAAAGAUAAACUUCUAACAUGGACGGAGACGGACAGCCAGUUGACAGUAUCAACGUUGGACCAGCGAUACGUAGUGUGUCCCGCGUACGCUCGCGACGUGUACCUAGUGCAAACGUUACGCAAAUACCGCGAGACUAAACCAAGCAGCCACAUUAUUGUGUUUACUGAUACUAAGAAAGAGUGUCAAGUCCUAUCAAUGAUGUUGAAUGCAAUAUCCAUGGACAAUGUUUGCCUACAUGGCUUCAUGCGACAAAAGGAAAGGGUAGCAGCAUUGACCCAGUUCCGAAGUAACCUCAAAUGUACCCUGGUGGCGACCAACGUGGCUGCGAGAGGUUUAGACAUACCAACGGUAGAUUUAGUUGUCAAUCACAAACUACCCUUGGAACCUAAGGAGUAUAUUCACAGAGUGGGCCGUACAGCGAGAGCUGGUAGAAGUGGUAUGGCGAUCUCUCUGAUCACUCCCUAUGACAUACUCCGGCUCGGCGAGAUAGAAGAGGCAAUCAAAACUAAACUCACAGAGUAUAAAAUUGAUGAUGAUGAGGCUGUGAAAAUCUUCACGACGGUGAGCGUGACGCGUCGUGAGCAGGAGGCCCAGUUGGACAACGAGGAGUUUGAGCAAAGAAAGCGGAAUUAUCGCGUCAAGCGCUGGAUACAGGCCGGUGUAGACCCUGACAUGAUGGAAGAAGGCCUAGAAGAAAUGCGGCGCAAACGGAUAAAAGCUGCUAAAAAGGCAAAGUUAGCAAAAAUAAAAGAAGUACAGGCACAAAUUCAGGCUGAGAAACCUUCGAAGGAUGACAACCGACUCCAAAAUGACGCGGCGGACAUCGAUACUUCAAUUAAAGAAGGACUAAAGAAAGUCAACAAAUCACUAAUGAAGAAAGAUGAUAGAUUCAAAGAUGUUAUUGGAAAGAUCACGAAAAUUAAACGGAAAGCAGACAAUGUUAAAGCAAAGAAGGAUCUAGAAGAAUCCAGUGCGAAGAAGAAGAAGAAAAUAAAAGGGAAUAAAGGAGAGUUAAAGAAUAAAAUUUGA